AUGCCUGCGCAGGCGCCGCUCGGCGAGCAGGGCGUGCCGAAUGCCGUCGCUGCUGCCGAUUCACGUCGCGCACCCUCGCAGCACCUCAAGCCAGCCCGGCCAGUACGCGGCGCGGCGCACCACGCCGUGGCGCUGGGCCAGCCCGUUUCCAAUACCACGUCCGACGCAGUAACCACACAUGCGCCUGUAUUAACACCUGAACCCAGUGCUUCGUCCGGCGUGCCUGCGCUGAGCGUAACGCAUCCCGCCUCCCCGAACGCAACGGGGUCCCCGACGACGAAUGGGACCCCCCUGCCUCCAAAACCCACUCCCUCUACGCAAGGCAAGCCCAGCAUUGAGCUGACGCGGGCACCGUCCAUGAAUGUGCCCGAAAAUACUGUAUCUGCUCCGCAUCGCAUGCCGCGUACCCCUGCGAUCCAAGGGCCGCGGCCGGAGCCCCCCAGCGACCGACCGCGGGGCCUGCGCAAGCUCUUUGCGAUGAUGACUUGUUCGGGCAACUCUGCGACGCAGGCUGCGGCGCUGGACGAGCCGACGCAGCCCGCGCCGAGCCACGGCGCGCCUGCGUCGCCCAAACACGCGCAGGUCGCCUCUUCGCCGAGCACGGUGACGAUGCCGAGCAAGGCCGAAUCGAGUGACGGCGUGCCGGGCAUGCUGGGCACCACCGGCUCGCUGCAAAAUGCGACGGUGACCGAGCCGGAAGCGGGUCUCCCCUCGCGCGAUUCGGUGAUCGGCCCGCCGAGUACCGCGACGCACGGCGAAGAUACCGACGAGUACGGCGGCGGGAUUAUUGCCUCGGUCGGGCAGACGGGUGGCAUGCCGAUGCCGUAUGACACGGAUCUGGUGUCGGAGCAAGAGAUGCUCGCCGAGGAGCAGCGUCUGAUCAACCAAGGUGGCACGGGUUUAUUGCUCGAUGAACGCGGCAACCCCCGGCCCCUCCUGCCUCCCGCGCAGGGUGUGGCGGCCCAACGCAAGUGCCUUGUGCUGGAUCUGGACGAGACACUGGUGCACAGCUCCUUCAAGAUGGUCCCGAAUGCGGACUUUAUUGUUCCUGUCGAGAUCGAUGGAGUGACGCACAGCGUCUAUGUGAUCAAGCGGCCUGGUGUCGACGAGUUUAUGCGCCAGAUGGGCGAAUUGUACGAGGUGGUGAUUUUCACGGCAAGCCUGAACAAGUAUGCGGAUCCCGUGAUUGACAUUCUUGACAUUCACCAUGUCGUGCAUCACCGGCUCUUCCGUGAGUCGUGCUAUAAUCACCACGGUAACUACGUCAAGGACCUUUCGCAGCUGGGGCGCCCACUGCAUGAUACCAUCAUCCUCGACAAUUCCCCUGCCUCGUACAUUUUCCAUCCUACCAACGCAGUCCCGGUCUCGAGCUGGUUCAACGAUCCUCACGACACCGAGCUCACGGACCUGUGCCCAUUCCUCGAGGACCUCUGCGACGUGAACGACGUUCGCAUCGUCCUCGACGGCUUCAUCCACCCCGACUAA